AGCCAAGCUGCAGGAGCCCCCUAGGCCGCUGAUGGAUGGCACCAUGUCCACCUUGGAGAGUCAGAUCUCCACAGCGGGGCUGGAGCAUAAUGCCUCGCUGCGGCAGAAACUGGAGGAGUUGGCCAGCGCCAUGGAUCGCCUUGACGCAAGGCAAGCCUUGCGACAGCAGCGCGGCACCGCGCAGGAGAUGGGGAUCUAUGAGAGUUGCGUCAGCGCGUUGCCGGACUUCUCACAGGCGGAGGAGGUCCACUGCCCCGCCUGCGCACCGCUUCCGCCGCGGUUCCGGAACGACGGCGGCGGCUCGCCGGUGCCGCCGUGGAUCCGAGCAGAGGUGGACUGGCGGCGUCAACAUACCGAGGUCUUGAAUCAAAGGAUCGAAGUGCUUGAACGUGAGAAGUCCCUUUGGGAGCAGAAGCUGCGGAAACUUCGCAGCAACAGCCCAGGCACAUCUUCUCGCAACAAGAUCUUCCAACUCUUCCCCAAGGAGCCAGCCGUCCCAGCUGCCGACACGGCCGACACCCUGCCUGGCAAAGUGACGGUGCAUACGGCGCACGCUUGGGGGGUAGGAGCUACGGCGUUGAAGGGAUCUGCCAGGGAUGUCUAUGAGAAGAUGCUCAACCCGCAGCCGCUGCAAUUCAUCGCUCCACCCAAGCGCGAGCGCGAACGACUUCAGGAGGAGAAGGCCAUUGAGGCUCAGAGAAAACAGCAGGAGGAGCGCGCGGAGGAAGACAAAAUGCAGCAAGAACUGGGGCAACAUUUGGCCAACCGACAGGAGCUCCGUUCUGCUCUGCAACGGGAGCUGCAGGCCAUGCGCUGCCUGGAGGCCGAGCGGCAGCGCGGCCGGGAGGCACUCAGGGCCACCUUGCAAGAUGAGCUGCAACAGCAGCUGCGCCAGGAGAAGAGGGCAUGGCAAGUGGAGCAGGAACGGCAAGAGCUGCAGCGACGCGCCCAGGAUCAACGCCGUGCCGAGGUUCAUCGAGAAAUGCAGCACCUCGAGUUGGAGAGGUUGCUUGACAAGCUGGCCCUGCAGCGCAGCCUUCGCUCCCUGCCAGCCGCCUUCGACGAAGAGAAGCUGCUGGAGCUGUGGAAGCUGCGCUUGGCCAAGGAUCCCAUGGAGGACAUGAAGGAGAUCCCUGAGGUGACUGAGGAUUUACCGGCGGAACUGCUGGGAAUGGAGGAAUGGUUGCUGUUCUACGGGGAUCUGUUGAACGGAACUUCCAGGGACAAGGUUGCCGACAUCGAUGCACUGGAGCAAGCCUUCAUGGUGAUAUCUCGCACCCAAAACUGCUUCGACAUGGCGAUGGUCAAUGAAGCCAAGGAGAGCCUCUCGACCCCGGGAGUGGUGAAGAUGAUGCUUAGUUAUUGGCUGCAGCAUUGCGACGCACGUUGGCGUUCUUCGUCGCAGGAGGGUAACCUGAUACAGCCUCCAGAAGGUGAUGAAGCUUCCAUCCAUAGCAGCUCUCCCCUGGAGGAUGCCAUCGUCCAACCACCUGCAGGGCGCCAUGUGGAGGAGGAUGGCCCGGAAAAUGCAUGGCCCAGCCGGGCCAGUGUACCUGAAGACCACCAGCAAACGGCAUCUUUGACACAGACUUUGGAUCCGGAAAAUGCUCAGCGUUCUCAGUCACUGGCAGAUGAAGCAGGAGCCCAACUGCAGCAUACCAGAACGUCCCUGACCAGCAGGCUCCAAAUCCAGCGGCAUGACGAUGAUGCUUGGGGGGAGGCCGCUAGUCAGACUGGCCAGGAGAAUCAUAAGGAAGAAGCUGCCGUCACCAAAGAAAGACAGGGCAGUCAUAGCGGGUCAAAGGUAACAAAUGACCAAAACCUCGCAUGGCAGAGAACAAGAACCUCCCUUGCCAGCAGGGCCCCAGUGCAACGGCAUGAUGAUGAUGCUUGGGAGUCUUCCAGUCACAACAGUCGUGGAUCGAAAGGGCCGGAGGCUCACAAGAAAGGACCCUGUUUGAUGCAGAGUUCACACACCAAGAGCAGGCAACUUUCUGAUCCAGCGGCAGCAGAUGCCAAGGCUCCUGCGGAUCAUCAGAGGACUUCUGCAAGCGCGGGCCCUGUGCAAAAGGAUGAUGAUGGCUGGGGUUCAGACUGGGGUUCGGCCAGGCCCAGCCAAGCAAGCGUGCCUGAGGAUCACAAGAAGCAAGCAUCCUCUUUGACUCAGAGUUUGUAUGCCAGAUAUGCUGAACGUUCGGAUCCAGCAGCAGAUGAUGCCAAGGCCCCUGCGCAUCAUCAGAGGACUUCUGCAAGCGCGGGCCCUGUGCAAAAGGAUGAUGAUGGCUGGGGUUCAGACCACUGGGGUUCGGCCAGGCCCAGCCAAGCAAGCGUGCCUGAGGAUCACAAGAAGCAAGCAGCCUCUUUGACUCAAAGUUUGUAUGCCAGAUAUGCUGAACGUUCGGAUCCAGCAGCAGAUGAUGCCAAGGCCCCAGCGGGUCACCAGAGGACUUCGGCAACUGUCGUGCAGCAAGCAGAGCACGACGUGCGGAAGGUGUCUUCUGUGCAUAGCGGGCAGGAUUUGAGUGCCCCCAAACCUUCAGAUGCUGACCAGGUAGCAGAAACUGUUGAAGAGGAAGAAGAGGUCUUUACGAAAGAGCAGUGGGUGAAUUGGUUCAAGACUGCGGAACUAGAGGAGGAGGAGAUCCUGUUGCUCCAGAAGGCCCUGCAGUCCUUACAGGACCAGCAACAGCUGAGUCCGGAAGAAAUCGCUGAGGCUUUGGGAUCCUAUCAGGAUGUGCCGGAGGAAGACCAGGAUCAGUUGAAAGAAUGGGCUCAAUGGGCACUGGAAAUCAAUGACUCAGACUGAGCGUUGCAGAGUUAUGUGCGAGUGAGAGCAUGAGUUGGGUUGACCUCUUGCCCAAGAACAGUUGGG